GUCGGCAUCGGGCCCCAACAAUCCCGUCGCCAUGAGCCAGCUGGGGACCGUCUACGCCACCAAGAGACGGCGUCGGAACGGAAAGAGCUUGAAGCCGCCGCAGAAGGACGGGGUGACGAAGUCGAAUCCGAGCAAGCGGCAUCGGGAGCGAUUGAACGCCGAGCUGGACACGCUAGCGUCCCUGCUUCCCUUCGAGCAGAAUAUCCUCAGCAAGCUGGAUCGACUGAGCAUCCUCAGACUCAGCGUAAGCUACCUCCGCACCAAGAGCUACUUUCAAGUGGUGAUGCACAAGGAUAAGGAAGAGAAUUCGCACCACGACUCGCACUACAGGGCGAGAGAGUUGGCAGCGCUCGCUGCUUACGACCAUCAUCACCUCGACGGCGAAAUGUUCCUACAGGCGUUAAACGGGUUCCUGCUAAUAUUGACUUGCGACGGGGAAGUGUUUUUCGCCACCCACAGCAUAGAGAGUUAUCUAGGCUUCCAUCAGUCUGACAUCGUCCAUCAGAGUGUCUACGAACUGGUGCACAGCGAGGAUCGGGAGGAAUUGCAGCGGCAAUUAAUGUGGAAUUCCUUCCUGCCUGCCGAAAGCGCGAGUCUGCCGUUGCACGACGCGCUGUUACCUCAACAUUGUCAUCUGCUCGAACGCAGCUUCACCGUUCGCUUCCGUUGUCUUCUGGACAACACGUCCGGCUUUUUGCGCCUCGACAUCAGGGGCAGAGUCAAGGUACUUCAUGGCCAAAACCGGAAGACGGAAGAACCGCCGUUGGCCCUGUUUGCUCUGUGUACACCAUUCGGCCCUCCCUCGUUGCUAGAGGUGCCGCAGAAGGAAGUAAUGUUCAAAAGCAAACACAAACUCGAUCUCGCGCUCGUAACGAUGGACCAGCGAGGAAAAAUGCUCUUGGGUUAUUCCGACGCGGAACUAACUAAUCUCGGCGGCUACGAUCUAGUCCAUUACGACGACCUGGCUUACGUCGCUAACGCUCAUCAAGAAUUAUUGAAAACCGGUGCGUCAGGCAUGAUAGCGUACAGAUUCCAAACAAAGGACGGCGGGUGGCAGUGGCUGCAGACUAGCUCCAGGCUGGUCUACAAAAACUCGAAACCAGAUUUCGUGCUUAGCACUCACCGACCUCUUAUGGAAGAGGAAGGCAGAGACUUGCUCGGCAAACGUACGAUGGACUUCAAAGUCAGUUAUCUGGACGCCGGCUUGACUAACAGCUACUUCGCGGACAGCGACAGUCUGACAGGGUCGGUUAUGACACCGACGUUACCGGCGCAGCCAGCGCCUCAAAGAGUGAACAGGCGAUACAAGACGCAACUACGGGAUUUCUUGUCGACGUGCCGGAGCAAACGCACCAAGCUCACCGCUCAGUCGUCGGUCUCGCCGCCCGUGACACCCACGGUCGCGUCCGUGGAUUAUCUCGCAGCGGAUACCAGCGCGGCAGCCGCGGUCGCAGCGGCUUACAGCAAUUUAAACACCAUGUAUCCGACACCGUACGCGCCUACUGCGGUUGCGGCCAGCACCGAUCCAUCUCUGACAACUUACAUCGGCCACACGGGCAAUUAUCAUCAGACUCUUUAUCCAGCGACUGCACUGGACAACAGGUAUCUCACUGCUGCAACGGAGAAUUUGUUUCAAUAUAGGCCGCUGGGCUCAUAUUAUCCGGAAUAUCACACCGGCACCGCGUACAACGGCUUCAUCGACGUGUCGCUGCCCACGUACGAGACUCAUCAGCUUACCAGCAAGACGGAAGAGAAGCUCUACUGCCAACAACUCGGCAGUGGCGAAUCACCUAAAUACAGCUACGUGGAGACGAGACAUCCGGGUAGCGUAAGCGGCUCGCCGUACGCUGCCAGUCCGGUUGCUAGCGCGUCCACAAUGCACCCGACGACGACCGACAUGAACAUCGUGCGCGCCGGUAGCAGGCACUCGCUGGAGGGCGGCGCGUCAUCCAGCAACUCCGCCGGGAGCUCGCCGGUAACCGGCGCAGCGAACGGCGUGCUUACGCCGAAGAUGGAAGACGUCAAACCUGAGGUAUACGGCAACGAGGCACCGCGGCAGACCGUGCUGAUGUGGGGCGCGCCGCCGUCGCGCACACCGCCCAGGAAUAACGGCAGCUACAGUCCGCCGACGCCGCAUUCGACCCACUCGUCCACGCACUCGACUAACGCGACCGGUGACCCGCUCAAGUCGCUCGCGGAGAUGAACUCGAUGAACGGAGACUGCAAGUGGCGGCAAACCUCACCCACGGAUCAGCAGGUGACAGCGCCGAGUCCGCCAAGGAACAAUAAAACACAGUCUCAACAGCAACAACAGCAGCAACAACAGCAACAUCAUCAUCAACAGCAAUCGCAGCAGCAUCAACAAUAUCCAGUGACCACGUCGCAGUACCAGGCAGCCGCAGCUGCCGCGGCAGCGGCCGCCGCCGCCAACACCAUCGGCUACACGCACUCUCAUCCGGGCCAUGGCGGGCACGGGGAAGCGGGCUCCGAGGUAUGGCAAGGAGUGCAACACCACCAUCACUACCAGUACUAUCCCUACCACCAUCACCACCCCGCACCACCAAGGCACACGCCCCAACCAUCGUCCAUUUGGUUGCAGCACGCCACCGUCAGCUGCGGGAACGGGGACGGGGGUGGGAACAGGCAUGGGCAUGGGCAUCGGGGCGGACAACAGCACCAGCAACAGCAACAACGUCUUGUACCACCCUCCGCACCACCACCACCACCACGUAGUGGGAUCAUCAGCGGCAGCAGCGGCGGCGGGAAUGGGCCCAACUGUCCCACAGAUUCCAAACCGGACGCCGGGAGUCCUCUGCUGUCCAUCUCUGAGGUGACUAACACCUUGCUCAACCAAUAGCCCCUUUGUAACCUCGACAUCGCAUCAUGUCAGUGAUGAAGACGUUUCUGAAAGGACGUCGUUGCCGAAGAGGAUUCCAAAAAGCGUCUCUGUACCAUACAGAUAAUGUAUCGAUUAAAACACAGUAAGCUUAUUCAUAUAGUACUGUAACAUACUCACUACAGAGGUAAUAAGCGAUCUAUUAUUACAUAACUUUUUCAUCGCAUUAAUUUAUCCGAUACGUUAGAUAGAUGUUCUUCAGGAUUCAUAGAUUUUGAUUCUGCAUGUACACUGAUCGCGAGCUUGUGGAUGAGAGGAGGGGAGGCAACGAUCACGAGACGCCUGUUGCGAAUUUUAUUUAUUCACCGCCUGGCGGCGACGAAAGUAGCAAUAAAAGACCACCCCGUUGCAGAAUGGAUAUAAAUAAAAAAAUCACGCAAAUAAAUCCUAUACAUUCCUACAAAUCCUAUAAAUCCUCUAUACAAUCCUACAUUCUUCUAUUUUCAAAACAUAUAUAGUAACAAACAUAAAGCAACAAAGAUGAUUGAUGAAAAAAAAAUGGAUUGAUGAAAUAAAAAAGUUUGCCAAAGGCAAUCUCUUUUAUGAUUCCUUCUCUUCUGCAAUGGAAAGCAGUGAUUAUUGCCGUCACUAAAGUAAAAAAUAAAUAAACUCUUUCGAAUAAAAAAAAACAAAAAAAACGGCAAUUUUAUCUGAAAGCACAAAAUUUGUCAUUUCGGUCGGACAAAUGUAACACAUACACGACCUUAGUUUGUACCUAUUAAUAAUGUAUGUCGACGUGUUCGUACAAUUCUAGCUUUUGUAUCUCGUGUUUUUUUCUUGCGUUUAUUAUAUAAGUUCUUUUUUUUUCAAAAAAAAAAAAAAAAAACAAAGAGAUAUGGAUCCUGUGAUAUGUGUUAGGUAAUUUAAACAAUGUUCUCUUCGUAAAGAAAGCUUCGAAUGUAAUAUUUAUUGACGCAUAAGAUGACUAUAUGUGAAAAAAAAAAAAAAAAAAACGUGUCCGAGAAAUUGGAAAAGACAUAAAAGUGAUGAUUUUACACGAAAGCGAAAGAGAUUUCGGAAAAAUGUUCUCGAUAACGAGAUAUCGAUUUCUUACAAGAUACGGCGUAACUACGCGUCAGAAACUGAUGAUUAAAAAAUAAAACGACUCGAGAAGUGUAUGUCAUUACAUGUAAGCAAGCAGUUUUGAUUAAUGAAGAAAUACACACACUUAUUAACAUCUUGUUGCCUGAACAAGAGAUGCAAAAAUACAAUAUAUACGUUCUCUUCCUUUUACAAUAAUAAACAUUUUUUAUUUGUUCUCCACUUUACACAGAUAAUGUUUUUUUUAUAACAAUCGAGACUCUUCAGCAUCACUGAAACUUUUUGAACGAACUGUUUCCGCGCGAUUCUCUCUUGGCUUCCUGUAUAUUUAUUUCAAAUAAUAAUUUGCAAUGCAAUUAAUGGGCAAAGAUAAAGUGCGAAAGAUUUGCUUUGUGCUCUUUAAAUUAUUCUCUUUUUGAUAGGAGGGUGAGAAUCCGAUUAUCUGAUCAAGGCGAAAUAGAGUGGAAGAGAUAACGCGAUAUUUGUAGCCUGUUAAUUCGAAAAAAAAAACACAGUCUUGCCAAUAUUUCGUUAAUAAGUUUGUAAUUUUUGUACUUAAUUAAUUUAUAUACAUUAUUUAUACGUAUACGUGUAACUCGUGUUUAGCGACGCUAGAAAGCGAGAGGGAAGAGAGAGAAAGAGAGAAAAAAAAGAGAGAAAUAGGCCUUCCAAUACUUUUAGGUGCAUUCACACUUGCAAAAUCAAAAAAAAAUAAAAUAAAAUAAAAUAAAAUCUCCGAGAGCGACUCUCGUUCGAAUCACGAAGAAACGAGACUUCAUUGCAAAAAAUGAGGAUAUUAUAGAUAUGUGUUGAGCACAAAAAAGAAACAAAGCUAUUUUAUAAUAUCAUUGAAAGUGCUGUUAUUUCCACAUGCGCGCGCUUCUAAAAGAGAGCGUAACUUUACAUAUCCGCAGCCGCAUAUCAAAGUGGUAAAAGUAAAAAAAUUAAAAAGAAAGAGCGAUAUAUAUAUAUAUAUAUAGAAGUAUAUUUAGAUAUUCUCUUCCAUAUUUCUUCGAUUCAUCGCAUUAUUUAUUAACUUGUAACAUGUAAGACGUGUACGAGAGGCGUGUUGUGCAAAAAGAAUGACUCGAGCGAAUUCCAUUUUUUUUUAACGCGUUUCACUCUUAAAUAACGUGUGUCGUAAUUUUUCUAUGUUCACGUUAUUCUCACUCUACUUUGAUUGACUUUGCAGCUGAAAAAAAAACGCAACUUACGGUGUCGCCGAAACGUAUUGCUAUCGAGCGCGUGUCCUGCGAUAAACAAUUUAUUACACGAGGAACUAAAUUUUUUUUUUAACAACUUCUUCCGUACACGUAUGUCGAAACAUUUAAGUUGAAGUAAAGGUUAUUUCGCGUGUCACGACACAAUUUAUCUCGCUGUCUAAAGUCUUCCCGGAUGUCUUCUUCGUGUGUGCGUGCGUAUCGACAUAUACGAAUCGAACAUGUAUUUUUUUUUUUUUUUUUUUUAUUGCUGCGGUUUGAUUUUAUAAGUUCUGAAACACAGAAAAUUUGUAAAGCGGUUUUAGAUAUUCUGCAGAAGACAAAACUUGUGCGUAUAGAAAAUAUACGCGGGACACGCCGCAGUAGUAAUUCGUUUUCCAAAAUCUUGUAUAACCACAUAGAUUUUCAAUUUUACCUGUUAUAGCUUGCAAAAAGUAUCCUCGUUUCUCUGCAAUAUUCUUAAACAAUAUAUAUAUAUAUAUAUAUAUACAUUAUAAGAAGCGUACUAUUAUAUUAUAUUAUAAGUAAUCAAGUCUAGUCCAUUCAUUAAAAAAGAAAAGCGAAUUAGCGACAAUAUGCUUAAAUUGUCAUAAUGUUCUCGCGAAGUUGAUUUAACAGAGUCUGACAAUCGUGUUUAUAAUUAUUACCACAUACGCAGUUAUCCGUAUUUUUUUCUCGGCGUCUCUUAAACGUGUGUAAAAAUGUGUAUUAUUAUAAGAACACACGCAUAUCCUUGUGCAAGAUAUUUUAUCGACAAGUGUUUCUCGCGUUAAGUUGCGAUUGCAAGGAUAUUUUGAUGAUUUAAGCAUAAAUUGUAUAUUCAUUGUAUAUUUGAAGUAAGCUCUAUCAUUAUAUAUUAUAUAUACAAUAACGAGCAUAAUUUUUAAGAUCAUAGUCAGUACAGAUUUUCAAGCAGCUAUAUUCAUAUAGAGAAAAAACACGUACCUUAUUUUAUUUUUAUUUUUUUUUUCUAGCGGGAAUAAAAUGAGAUUGAUGAGCACGACGUCAUUUUACACACCGCGCAGGUGUUGUAUUUAAUAGCGAACACAAAUUUUUACGUUACACUUCGAAAUAGCAUAAUUUUUUCUACAUUCGAAGAAAAUCUUGAUGAAAUGAAUUUGCGCGAGCGGAAUAAGUACAAGUUGAAAUUGGAAUUACUUUUAAAUAGGGGGUAUAUAUGUAAAACGUUACACAUAAAAAACAAACAAAUAAACAAUUUGUUAACUUUUCGUUCGAGAUAGUUGAUACAUGUAGUAGUUCUUUAUAUUUCAGUACUGAGUGUUUUUGUUGAUGGAAAAGUAUAAUGCUGAAGUGUAAAGAGAACGCAAUAUAUAUUUUCUUCUAUAACUACAAGUUAUCAUUAUUUAUAAAAAGAUGAAGAUAGAAAGUAUGCUUUAAUAAAAGUAAUAUUGUUUUAAUAGAACAUUUCAGAAGAAAUUGCUAUUCAGAAGAAAUUGCUAUUUCAAAAGAAAUUGCUAUUUCAGAGAUUUAAGUAGUGCACAGUUCAAAACUAUUAAAUCAAUAUAUUCUUUCAUUGAACCUUAUUACAAAUCGAUGCAAGUAAACUUUCUCUUUCAUUUGCUUUUAUGUAAAUAAAUGCAAGUAUAAAGUAAGUAGUGCUUUAAUAAAAAAACUUAAACAAAUGCUCUCUCGAACGAAAAUCCAAGAACUGAAAGUUGAUACGAUAGUGAAAUUAUUUGCUCUCAUGGACUUGUACUAUCACGAAGCUACGGUACCAGUUCACCAGAGAAGAUGGUUGGAGUACCACGAAACCUCGCGCAAAUUCUAUAUUUAAAUGAUUAUCUCUACUUGUGAUACAUAUAAUGAAAACUGUUUCAUUCUUCUUUGCAAACAGUAUUUCUUAUCUUUACACAUGUCGAAUACUUAUACUUAUCAGUAACAUGCCAAACACCAAAUUUUGAAUCUGGAUCACUCCAUCCAUCUUUUUCAUAUAAGAAAUACAGCUAUUAUUUAUACCAUUAUUGCUAAGAGGAUAAGUUCUACAAAUAAAUUUUAAAACUGUAUAUCAAAUGUUUAUAUGA